UUUUUUAUCAGAAUGGAGAUUUAUCAAAAAGAGUUUCUUUAUAAAAGCCUAUAUAGUGAUGAUAAUGGAGAAUACAAGAUGCCAACUCUUUCUUGGUGGAAUGUAUUGAUUGCAAGUAGUUUCUUCAUAGUAGAUUUUGCUCUCUCGUUCGCUUUUCAAUUGAAAAUCAUUCGUCCACUUUUGAUCAGUUGGACUCGAUGUUUAAUCCAAUUGACUAUCAUGGGAUUUAUUUUAGAGGAUGUUUUUCGACAACGAAAUCCAUAUUAUAUUGCUGGCAUGACCUUUGUGCUCAUUCUCUUGACGACUUUUGAAACAACGUUCAAUAAAGCAGACAAUACUUUUCAUGGCAUGUUUGUAUCAGUAUUUGUAUGUACGUUUUUCUCCAUCCAUAUGAUUGGUGUGCUUGGCAUCCGAUUUGCUGUCAACAAGGUACCUUUUUGGGCGCCGGAUGUAUUUAUUCCUACCAUUGGAUUAUUGUUGGGCUUAACGGUGAAUACGAUGGCAGUGGGAUUAAAUAGUUUAUUGGGUGGAUUACUGAAUACCAAUGGUGAUCGUGUGGAGGCCUUGCUGGCGAUGGGUGCUAGUCGUUGGGAAGCAACACGUGCCAUCACACAAGAAUCUGUUCGAUUGGCCAUGUUACCUCCCAUUCAACGCAUGUCAAUUGCAGGUCUGAUUGUCAUCCCUGGUGCUAUGGCUGGACAAAUCAUGGGUGGUGCCAAUGUAUGGAAUUCUUUACGUUAUCAACAAAUCAUGUUCUUUAUGAUCACUGCUUGUUCUUGUCUUGCUGUCAUGAUUUUGGUCACGGUAAAU